AUCCGAACAAACGAUGACGCACUUUAGAUGAGUAAGCUUUAUUCAACGCGAUUACAACGACUGUGCUCAACAUGACAGUUCCUACAAUAUACUCUCAACUGAGCUCAACAGAUUGUUUUUAGACAAAUCUGAAUGCCUUUAAUUAACUUUUUAAUCAUGCAAAAUCUUUCUGGUGAUACCUUCACAUUUUAUGUUGUAUAUAACUAGGAGAAAAGAUUAUCAUAACUUUCUUCGGUUAAAGAUUACAUCAGGACAUCAGUUGAACAACACUUUCUGAGGAUGUCGUCAAACGGAACGGAUACUGCAGUCAUGACAACGAAUGUUGAAAUGGCUGAGGUAGGAUGGUCCUGGAAGUCAUUCUUGUCAUCAUGGUCUGACCUGAUGCACCUUAUUUCUGCCGUUCUGGGUAUCAUCGGAAACUUGCUCGUCUUGCUCGCUCUCUGGAAACGGCGAGCAUCUACUCGUUCUACCGACAGACUGAUUGGUGCCUUGGCCUUAGCCGAUUUUCUGACAUCCAUAUUCAUUAUCCCUUUGCCCGGAGCAAUAACGGUCCCGUCCUCUAUAAUGGGGAAAGUCUACUGCAAGAUGGUGUUGCCUGGACUGUUCCUGUUUGUAUGUUUCACUUCAUCCAUCUAUAUCCUGAUGGCCAUAUCUAUUGAACGGUACAUGGCGGUUGUUUACCCGUUAGUCUACGGUCGUCUUGUAACGCGUAGAGGACUCCUCCCAGCCAUCCUGGCGUUCAUCUGGUUCAGUACGUUUAGUGUUUACUUCGUGUUCGUCAUGACCGUUGUAACAGUUGAUCCUGGAUCUCACAAGUGCAUUCUUGAUUAUGCAUCUACAGCGAGUCAAGUCGUAACAGGGGUGUUUUAUUUGAUUUACCGUCUUAUCCUACCCACUACCGUUAUGCUCACCACCCAGAUUCUCAUUGCGAGAAGUCUCCAUCUUCGUUCGGCUCGUUACGGUCCCAAGAAGGGUGUUUCCUUCCACGUCAAAGCUCGUAACCGUGUCCUACAACUGAUGUUGAUUGUUAUCCUGGUGUACAUCAUCUGCUGGGGACCAGGACAAAUCUUCUUUUUCCUUUAUUCAGUCGGGGCAAUUCCGCCAACCUUUAUUGGCAGUACAUUCCACACGUUUGUGAUUGUUCUAACGGCGUAUAACUCCUGCCUCAACCCUAUCAUAUACGUUGCCUGGUUUCCGGAAUUCCGCUGCGCCCUUAAGCAAGUUUUUAACUGUAAUAUCGCAAGCACCUCUUCGCCGAUAUUUCAUCAAGACGAAACCGGGGAUGAUAACGCUGAGAGGCGUGAGACGGAUUCAACGAUGACUAACAUUUAACUCGACAAGAAUUUACACGAGAUUAUCUUUCCUUAGCUCUUGUGUAUCUCAUAUUGCCUUGAAUUAAACUCGUGAACUCAUUCAUCUUGAUCGGGCAAUGUAUAGCUUACGCGUAUUAAUCCCCCUAUCUUAUAAUUAUAUCUUGUUAUUAUUAUUAUUAUCAUCACAAUUACAUCAUCGUUACAUUUCAGAAAGUAAUAUUUUAUUUCUAACAUAACAACUUUAAGAAGUAUUUAUUAGAGCCUGGGAGACACCUACGCAAGAUUCAAUUUCUUUGAGGCACACUGAAAUGGUUAAAACAAAUGGAGAUACAAAAAAUAUCAUUACUUUUAAAUUACUUAUUUACAUCAUUAUGUCGAAAGCAAAAGAAGUAUUUGUUAUUGAAAUACAAUCUGAUUUAGCAUUAUUUUUAUAAGAUAAUUAAGAAAGUUACCCGUAUGAUUAUGAAACAAAUCUAAGGCUGUUGUUGUAAUAUAAAUAUAUCUAUCUACAUAUAUAAAUAUAUACAUAUGCAAUUCAUUACCUGCAGUUAUCUGAUGAAUUUAUAGUAUAUGACUAAAUUUUUAAAUGUUUAUCUAGAUAAUGAAGAAGCUGUAAUCGCGGUUAAAUAGAAUAGCAAUUUAAUGGAUUUUGGUAUGAUAGUUUGAAGGUCAUUCUAAAGUAAUAUCAAAUUUUGAGGCAGUUUACAGAAAUGUAUAUAAUGUCUGUUGCUCCAUUAUGUAAAUAUGCUUCUCUUCUAUCCAGGCCUGCUUCUAUCGUAGAGCGAUUGCCAUGAUUGUUCGUUGUCUAUUUUACUCAAUGGUAGUUACUUGGAAACAGAUUUAAAGUGUCUUUGAUAUGAAACUGUGCUCGUAAUACCCAUCAUGUGUGACUUCAUUGCUUUUAUUUGGUAUUCACCCUGGAUGUGGAGCUAUCCUCUUCAAGCAAUCUGCUUGCAGUAAUUCUGCACUCUUUCAUCCCCUUUCCUACUAUGAUUUUCCUUUAUCCUUUUGGUUAAUUUCCCCAUCCUUUCAUUUCCACACCGUAAACAACUGCGGUGUUAAAACUGACACCAGUUGGUGUUAAUAGAGGACCACACCCUGAGGUGUU